UGCUCAAUCGCCUCCGCUGUCAACCACACAAUCCGAACAAUUUGCUGUCCUAAUAAGACAGUUGACAUCAUGUCACCGUGUGUCUACCACCACGGGGAUAGGCCCUGACAAACCCUACGUGUUCGUCUAUGGGCACAUUCGAUCGCCGUCAAGGUUUUGCCGACGUCCCGUCAGUGGUGUAAUGCGCCCCCUACCUCGUAGCCCCUUUAUCACGAGGCGUCCUUGCAGGGUUAGGAUUAAAUACUGGUCUUAAUCUAAGUCCGCAAUCCAUGAUAUGUUUACGAAGGACAAGAAAGAAGAUGAUCCAGAAGAGCUAGAACAAGAAUCAGGCCCUCCGAAUGGCGGGUUUCGGGCCUGGAGGACUGUUUUUGGGUGUUUCCUCAUGCAAUUUUGUGGCUUUGGAUACAUAUCGUCUUUCGGAGUUUACCAAGAUUAUUACACACGAGUUUAUAUGACCAACUAUUCACCAUCUGCAAUAUCAUGGAUUGGUGCAUUGACCUCGUUCCUCGCAGUCAUUGUCGCGUCGAUCUCAGGUCCGCUGUACGACCGAGGGUGGUUUUAUCGAUUGAUGAUCGUGGGAUCGCUGCUCCAGUCACUGUCCUUGUUCACCUUGUCCUUCACGAAGCCUGGUCAGUUUUACUUCGCUUUUAUGGUUCAAGGCGUCAUUUAUGGGUUUGGGAUAGGCUUAACGUAUGCUCCCAGUGUCGCGGUCGUCUCUCAACACUUCUCCUCCAGAAAACGCACAUUGGUGAUGUCUCUCGUCACGUCUGGUUCACCACUGGGUGGAAUUAUUCAUCCGAUCAUGCUCAAUCACCUUUUGAAUGGUACUGUUGGCUUUGCAAAAGGCGUUCGUGCCAGUGCAGGUUUUGUCAGUGCUCUGUUAUUGAUCGCCUGUUUAUCCAUGCGUACAAGAGAACUGCCGGUAUCGACUGUUAGUCAUACUGUAGUAGCGCGAAAAUGCUCUCGCGAUGUUCUCUUCAUCCUCAUGGCGGCUGGGGGAACACUGUUCCAGAUCGGGUUUUACUUCCCUCUGUUUUACUUGCAACUGGAUUCUACCAAACAUGGAAUUGACGUCAAUUUCUCAUUCUACUCCCUUUCGAUCUUAAGUGCUGCUUCAUUUAUCGGACGUUGCACGGCAGGAAUCAUUGCGGCGUAUGCGGGAGUGUUAAACUUCACGAUCACAUCCACUGUCGCAUGCAGUGUCAUCAUAAUAUCCAUGAUAGCUCUGAGUGACAUGGCUAGUGUGGUCGUCUUAGGACUUGCAUUUGGCUACUUCUCUGGAGUCUACAUCGCGCUGUUAGUCCCAUUGAUGACUGUACUGACGCCUGAUUUGUCUGAGCUAGGAGCGCGAAUAGGCAUAUGUUUUACCUUCACUUCCUUUGGUGCAUUACUUGGUGGCCCAAUAUCGGGCGAUUUUCUCGGUUCUCAAUAUAAGUGGUGGAUAGCGUCGCUCUUCAGUGGGUUGAUCUCCUUCAUGGGAAGUUUGAUCUUCGUGGUAAUGCGUCUGAUUAUAUACCGCCGAGGAAUAAACGGGAGCCCAUAGCUAGCGGGGAUACGUGAAAUAGUUGUUUCGUUUGGAUUUCUGUCGAGGCCGGCGUUCGCUUGUGCUGUUAUUGGAGAUGUGUGUAUGAAAUGUUAGUGUAUUGAACGCGUGUGCAGAAGCACGAAUAUUAUUGGACUGAUCUAUCACCAACCCCCGGCUGUAGGUUGAACGGACAACAGCGGACAACGUCAAGUCUCUGAUUCGCAAAUGCUUCCAUGGUGAUGAACUCAUUGAUAACCGACGUGCUCCGCUUUCAUGCCAACAUAAAGAAACAGGACUAGAUUGAGUUCAUCUCCAUAGUGUAAACGAUCAUCAAGCAUCGCUUACUUCUUAUCUCCAACAGUCCUUUAUCCUCAGACGAAAAACCUUAUGACAGGG